UCAGGAAUAUGUCUCCAAUGCCCUCUUUAGUUGCUAAAGACCAACUACAAUCUUUCACUAAGAAGCUCUCUCUAACCGUUUUUCCUCUUUUUUCGUUCUUUGUCUCUUUCACUCUCUCUUUCUCAUAACGUCGCGCGUCUACGCGAGAGACGGGAAGCAAGAUCGUAGUGGGAGUAUGGGACAAGCCUUUCGCGGGGUAAUAUCAACUCUGGUUCGCGGAUCAGGCACACGCUUUACCAACGAAAGACUUUCUUGCGCGCGGAGGCCGUUGUGCGAGCGUUCUACUGUCUCUACCGACCAUGAGGGAUGGUAUAUACAGUAUUACACGGAAAACAGCAGCGUAUGCCGCGUGCGCUGAAUCUCUCGAUUGUCCCGGUGCGUCGUCGAGUGCACGUUGGACGUCACAACAGGUAGUUGAGCGAGGGCAGCGUGCUGCGGCCUCUGUAGAAAGAAAGGAAAAGACUGGGAGAGCGAGCGAGAGAUCGAUAGUUCGGCACGAGUGUGCUGGAAAAAGAAAACACGCCAAUGGAAGGGGAAAUGGUAGGAGAAGUAGGAGGAAGGCGGCCGAGUGGGAUAUGCUAGAAAGAGAGAAAGAUGGGAUAGUAACAGAGAGGGGUUUUUCACUGUUGGUCGGAUACCUCCGCACCGUGCCUGUGCACAACUGCCCGUGCCACAGCGCCACAGCUUUGAAUCUACAAUCUACAUGCACGAGACGGGUUACUCACGCGUUCCCUUUGCUCCUUCUCUGUCUUCUUUCUAGACUAUGUCCUUCUCCCUUUCUCCUACACUUACGUAUUCCAUUCCCCCGCUAUGGACUGCUCCCCUCUAACUCUAAUAUAGUGACGCGUUUCCAUAGUUUGUCGUUUUAAGUCUUCGAAAGGUGAUGGAUAACGUCUGAAAAUUAUUUUGUAUAAUUCAGAAGUGUUUGAGGAAUGUUUGUGAUAUUUUUACCUUUAUGUUUUUCAGAAAUAGUUUUGAAAAAUGGAUCUAACUGCAGGAAAAGGUAGCAGAAUUCCCUUUAUACCGGGAACUAAACCCUCAAUAAAAAAUUCACAACUACUCGUUUCGACUGGAAUUCCUUCCUUAGAUCAUAUAAUAGGUGGAGGAUUACCUGUUGGUUCUUUGUUUCUUAUUGAGGAAGAUCGAUAUGGCACAUAUGCAAAAGUCAUGUUAAAAUAUUUUAUGGCCGAAGGCAUAGUUACAGCUCAACCAUUAUUAAUUGGAUCUAAAGAUGUUGAAACAUCACAGUUUGUGUCAGAGAUACCAGCUGUUGUAACAGAUACCAUAUCGAUUGAUCAAUCAUCUAAUUCUGAUGAACAAAUGAAGAUUGCUUGGAGGUAUCAAAAUAUGAAAAUAAUUAAUACUUCCCCAACUGGAGGACAAGCUUUUGGUCAUUUCUAUGACCUUACAAAAAGAAUGGAGAAAGAAGUAAUCGAAGAAGCAAAUAUAACACAGUGGUACGAUGAUAAUUGUCCUAAAAAAGACAAUGCCUUUAACAAUAUGACAUAUUCAAACUUAUUAAAAUGUAUUCAAGAGACUCUGAAGAAGGGAGGACACUCAAUUUCAGAGACACCUGCAAAAAGACAAGUUCUAAGAAUCGCAAUUCAUUCCUUAGGAUCUAGAUUAUGGUGCAGUGAUUCUGUAAAUGAUUCACAUCAAGAUUUGUUCAAAUUUUUGUAUUACUUUAGAGCUUUUUUAAGAUAUUCUUAUGCAGUUGGAGUGAUAACAGUGCCUACAGAAUGUUUUGAAUAUUCGGAUGCUACUGCACAACGGAUUGAACACUUGUCGGAUGUUGCAAUUAAAUUGGAAUCAUUUGCAGGCUCACAAAAAGAAACAAACCCAUUAUUUAAGGAUUAUCAUGGCUUAUUGCAUCUACAGAAGAUGCUGGCUCUAAAUACUAUAGCACCUCAUAAUCCAGAAUCACGAGAUCUUGUAUUCAAAUUACGUCGAAAGAAAUUUGUCAUUGAGGUUUUACAUCUACCACCUGAAUUAGGAGAUACUACUCAACGAGAACAAGAUGAAACGAUAUCUCAGUUCGGAUGUUCUAGUUUACCACAUAAGAACUUAGAUUUUUAAAAAAGUAUAAUGUUGUACGUUCAAAACAA